GUGCUGCAAGACAAACAAAUAAUUGCUGCUGAAAUUCACCUGUCACUUGAGUAAGGUACAGCAUACAAUGGGAGCGCAAGCUUCUGUUCCUGAUAAAAUUCAGGCAGCAUCCCGCUCCACGUUUGCACGUUUGUCUCAAGCAUACACCGUCUCGGAUAAUGAUCAGGUUUGCAAAGAGAAAAGGAAGAAAGCUGCUUCAAAGUUUGCAACCCUUCGUAAAAAGCUUGUGCGUGCUCGCAGACAGAGUAAAUCGUUUGAUCAUGCCAAGGCAAUGAGAGAAUUGUUGUCAACUUGGCCUAUUGACGAUGUCAGGAUUCUUGUUCAGGAAUAUGAAGCGUCGGUUGCUUUAAAAGAAUUGUCAUUUGCGGCCAGCAUGGCCAGACCACCAGCUCAUUCUCUCCGAUAUGAUCUCUCACGUCUCUAUGACUGUAAAUUCUGCACUGAUGUUGAUCUCAUUUUCAAGAACAAUUGUUUUCCUGUGCAUCGAGCUAUUCUUUCAGUGAGGAGCCCGUAUUUCAAAAAACUUUUGGCACAACAUCCAGAAUAUGGGGCUCAAGUUCAUGUCAAGCUGAAAACGCCUGGUGUUGAUGCCGAACUAUUUUCAGCUCUGCUCAGGUAUUUAUAUUCAGAUGAGCUGCCUAAAGAAAGUUUGGAACACAGUGACCUCUUGGGAGAGCUUGCUGGUGAAUUCGGUGUUCCUAAUGCUCUUGAGCAUGAUAUGAAACAGCUUUUAGACAGUGGUGAGCUUAGUGAUGCAAUACUUGUGUUUUCUACUGAUUCAGAUAAUGUUGAGGCCUCAAGCUGUCAUCAUGUUAAUGGCCCAUGUCAUUGUAUGGCUCAGAGCGCUUAUGGACCACAAAAGACAUCUAGAUUUGAAUUCCCAUGUCAUAGGGCCAUUAUUGCUUCAAGGUCACCAUUUUUCAGGAACUUAAUAAACCGUCGAGCUAAAUCGGGAGAGGAAUUAACAGAGAGAACUUUAAGAACACCUUCAAGAAUUAUUCUUGAUGAAUCUGUGAUACCUAGACGUUAUGCUCGUGUUCUUUUGACAGCAUUAUAUCAGGAUACUGUGGACAUGGGGUGUGUGUUGAGGGGUAGCCCUAGCAUGUGUAGUUUGAGUGAAAUUCAAGCAAUGGUCUCUACAGGACGAUGUCAAAUGACUGUUGUAGAUGAAGCAAUGGAGUUGUACCAAAUAGGCCAGUUUCUGGAUACACAGAUAAUAUCCCAAGGUAUUUUAUUUACAGUAACAGAAAUGUUUCAUUAGCAAAAAAGAAAAAGUGAAUAUGGCUAGAUAUAAUAAAGUAUAACAUUAAAGCUUUUAGACAUGUAAAUGAAGGAUUAAAUCAUUUAUGUCCAAUAACUAUAGGUAAAUAAAGUUUUAUUUCAACACACCCCAUUUUUAUAAAGAAUUUAAGUUUAUUUUUUUUUUUAAAUAUGCUAUUCUGUCAGAUUUUUUUAUCUAUUUUAGAACAAACAUAAUAAUAUGUCAUUGGGCAAGCCAAUGGCAAAUAUAAGUUGUGCUUAUUCAUUCUCCACACACCUUGUCUUACUAUAAACAGGCUGUGAAGAUAUUAUCAUUGACAAGCUGACAGCUGAUACUCUAAUGAGUGUUCUCAGUUGGAGUGCAGAACCCCAUGGUUCGCAGUGGGUACAUCGUCAGGCUAUGUCAUUUUUAACUGAAGAAUUUUCACAGGUAUAUCUCCUACUUAAUUUUGUCCAGACAUUUGUAUUUCUUUUUUUCUCACUAUGCAAUCCAGCCAGUUUAAGCGUAGCCCACAUACUAUUCUACUGGUAAUAAUAAUAUCUACAAAUAUAUCAGGCAUGUAAUUGGAAUGUAUUUGGCUCUUUGGUGAUAAUGAGCACUUUGCAAGUUUGCCCCCAUUCAAUUAUAUUUUUGAAAUGUUUCAUUGUUAAAUUAUAAUUUGUCAGUUCUGAUUUAAAAUUGAUUUCACAUAUCAGUGGUUGCCAUCUGCAAUUCAUUCCUUGGUGUAGCUCCAGAACAAUGUUUAAAUGUUGUUCUUUUAAUGUAAUGUUUAGUGCUCUUAUAAGAUUAAGAUAAGAACUCUUGGCAAUUUGAAUAGAUUUUGACAUGACAUGCCUGCAAAAUAUCAAUACUUCCAUGAAUAUGUUAUAUGCCUCCAUGCAGCCUACUAGUUUGCCUCCACUGUCAUAUAUUAUGAAUGAAAAUAGUCUUUUGUUUAUUAAAAAAUGCUAGCUUGGAGAUUAGCUUGUUUUCUAUCUUACACAAAGCUAUAUUGCAUAAAUUAAAACUAAUGCUAAUAUUUCAACUGAAACUAUAUUUUCCUUGCAGAUUGCCAAUGUACCUGUUCUGUUAGAAAUGAGUAAAGACUUCCUAAAAUAUGUGGUGUCAUCUGACUAUUUACAGGUUCGAAUUACAAAUUAAAAUUCUUUGAUCUUCUUUACUUCUUAGAAAUCAAUAUGUUGAAAAAUAAAUGUUUGGGAAAACAUGGUUUAUUUGAGCUACAUAAUUAUGAUUAAAGUUCAUGUUAACAAUAUAACUAAACUUUAUUUUGUGUAACUUCUUUUAACAUUUUUUUUUUAAAUUUAUCUUUGGAACAUUUUUUGCAGCUAAUUUGCAUCUGAUAAAACUAUUUUCAGGAUUUAAUGCAAUAAUUUAUCAACCACAUUACCAUAGAUAGUUGCAUACAUAUAUAUAUAUAUAUUUAUCAAUCAUUAUUCAUUACAGUGCGCAGAGCAAGAUGUUUUAGCAAGUGUGAUCAGGUGGGGGGAGCACCAGCUUACUAAAAGAAUAGAAGAAAGAGGUGGGUUCUUCCAGGGAACAAAACAAUUAACUUUUUGUAUCUUUAUAUUAAGUCUGUUUUUGAAAAUUCUAUUUUGCCUAACUGGAGCGAAGUUGAUCUUUUAAAUUAUUUCAUGGGUACCUGUACAUUUCUUUCUUAACUGGUAGAAAAAGCUGGUAUUGUCAUAAAUGUAUUUUCAGUAUGGUUUAAGUUCUUUUUAUUAUUCAGCAAAAUUAAUUAUUUUCAGGCAAGACAUGUAAUGAUUGUUAUUCAUACUGAAGAUUCGGGGAAAUUCAUUUUCUAAUGAUACUUGUAGUUACAAAAAUAUCCAUUCUUUUAAGCUGGUUUUAUGUUUUAGAUGGGGAAUUUACUGGUUACAUUCAAAUAAAAACUGGCAUCAUUUUAUACUAUAUGAUUUAGUCACAAUUGUCAAGAAGCUUCAAAAUCUAUUAAUUUUUCAGAGCCCAACCUUCUGUCUCACACGGCCCACAGUGUUACAAAGAAAGGUGUAAAGAAAAGGGACCUUAGCGAUGUUGAACUCAAAGAAUUGCUCGCAGAACUUUUGCCUUUAGUGCGUAUUGAACAUAUUUUGCCACCUACAAAUGAAAUUCUUACCAAUGCAGUAAAGCGAGGACUUCUGGAGCCCAUUUGCUCUCAUCAUGAAGAUGUGUUAUUGCACAGAAUUGGAGCCUGGACAGGCAUUACCAAGAGUGGUGUUUUCCUCAAGCCAAGAUUAUUUCUGCCUUACUACGAAGAAGCUAAGGUUAGAUAAUUGUCUGACAAUUUGAAGAGAUAAAAUAUAUGAUUCGCUAAUGUCAAUAAAAUAUGCUUUUAUGAAUUCUUUAAUUAAAAAUGCUAUUUAAAAGCAAUAGCUUAUUUUCUUUAUCUUUUUUUAUUUAAUUUAUUUGUAUUGUAUUUUGUUUAAAUAUGGAUUUUUUAUUUGCAAUUAUUAUUAAGUUCAUUUUAAAACAUCAGAUUUUAGGUGCAGUAAAGAAAUAAAACUAAUUCUUGAUGCUUGUUAAAUCUUUUCCAGAAUUUCUUGGAAGAGCUUUUAUCACAGGGUCAUGAUUCAGGGAGCAAAGUUAGAGCAAUACACCUUUCAGCAAUCCCUGAUACAUUAUAUAUGCUGGAUGACCAGGAGGCCUCACUGCCUUUAACUUAUUCAGGGUCACCUGUGUCAACUGUAGAUAUAAUAGCAGGAACAAUUCCAGGUGAGAAUAUGGAAAAAAUUAUUCUACAACUUCUGUUUCGGAUCCCAACAAAAAUGUCUUUCAGUUUGGUAUUUUUCCUUUCUGUUAAUGUUUGUAAAUUUCUUCUGCAACUCAAGUUUUGUAGAAAAAAAAAAAAGAAAUAAAAAAAAACAAGCAUGUAAAUACUUUUUAAAAAUAUUUUUUUAAAAUUAAUUUUAGUAAAGAAGAUGAUUGUUAAAUAUGCCAUUGAUGAAUAAAUGUUCUUGCCAGUCCCUGACAAAGCUACAUUUGCCAAGAUGUUGGAGAGAGAACAGGAACUUCAACUGUCUAAAUCAGCCCAGCAAGCCAUAUCCCUUUCGUGCAUAGAAAAGAGAUCUAUCAUCAAAAAUGUAUCAAUACUUAUACAGUUACGUGUGGUGAGAGAGUUUGGUCUGCCUGACAGUGCCAUGGAAGUUCUGCAGAACAGUCAGUAUUACUACACAAACAGCAGUCACCAUUGUCGCCAUUUGCACCACCACUGCCCUCAAAAUCAGCAUCUCAAUCAGCAGCGGCAGUACCACUUAUCAAGGAAUUCCAUUGGCAAUGUGCCAUCCUCGUUACCAUAUCGUGAUAUUGAGGUAGUAACCUAUUUUAAUACUGUAUAUUUAAAGUAAUAGGGACGUUACAGUUUUGGAUACUUUUUAUCUCUGCCUUUUAAUUCCCAAUGUUGAGGUUCAUAUCUGAAAGAUUGUGUGUAAAUUUUUGUUGAAAGAUUUUGAUUGUUCCUCAAUUUGUUAUUGUAAUCUAAAAAUAAUAAACGAUGGAAUCACCAGUAAAUUACAGUCAUGAAUGUGUUAACACUACCGUGGGUGUAAUAAAAGUAGUGCUUAGGUUCUUAAGGUUAUGUUAAUAUAUUAAAUUGAUUGACACUAAUUGUGGGGGCUACAUCAAACUGUUUGGUUUUUUUUGCUGACAUCUGUCCGUCACAAUGUGACGAUGGUGACAUCAAACUGUUGUAAUGCAAAAUAAUAUUAAUCUUUUUUAUUUAACAGAGAGAUCUUUUUUCUGAGCGUGCCCUAAGAGAAGUAAUGCCUGACAUAGCCUUGGCUUCAAGCACUCUGUCACAGAUCCAUGUCUAUGAUGAAACCUUGGAACUUGACAUUGGUGACCGAAGUAAUGAGAGGCAUGCCACACUGUAUAUUUAAUUCAAACACUGAACUCUUCAUCUCAAAUACGCACAUGAGCUGUGAUGGAUCAUUCACUGUUGCACCAGAAAAUGCCUUAAAUAACUUCCAAUGAUCCUCUCAAGGCUACUUUACAAGAAAACUGUCAUUUCUACACACUUGGUAAAGAAUGUGUUAUUAUUUCUAUAUGGGCACUUGAAACUAUUCUCAAUUGUUUAAAAUUUCACAUACAAAAGUUAAUAUCACCAAUUCUUAGAUUUAAGUGUAUGAGUAGGUGUGUCUUUUUUAAAUACAUUUUUCCCCAUUACAGUAUUUCAGGAGAACGUUUAGAACACUGGUAACAAGUCUGUGUUUUUAAAAUAAAUGGGUCACUAGAAUCUCUCACUGAAUUGUUACGUAAAGAUUGGAUAUACCACUUUACCUCCUUAGCAAAAUAUUUUUGGUUCUUCCUUUGCUGAAAAGAUAUGUUUGUAAUUCUCUGUGUUUUU